AGCUGCAAUCUGCUAUCGAUACUUAGAAAUUCCACCUUGCAUUUUGUUUCCUUUGCGGAGUUUUGCUAUAAUUAAUUGUUUUUAUUGCUUUCAACUAUAGUUAUUAACGUAAUGGUGGUGUCCAAGUGGUCAAAUGGUUGUCAUUGCAGCCCCCUGCCCUGCAAUUGCUGGUAUCGCAAAUUACACACAAAUUUAAACGCGGUAGCGAAAUCCAACCCGGCGCCCGUCGCCAGGCCGCUGCAGCCGCAGCACUUGUUGCUCUCGUCCAUGACCAUGCUUCGACAGCAAUUAGCAGCGACUGCCGCACAGCGCCUUGGCAUAGUCGAGGUACGACAUCCAAUAAUGCGGUCAACAGAGCGCGGAUCUGAUUGCUGCUGGACUGGACGGGGACUGCGACUGGGACUCGUUUGUGCCAGCAGCAGCCAGCUAACAGGAGUUUUGGCUAUGUGCCGGACGCUGCAACUGGAGGUUGCAAUGCCUGGCUGUGCCCGCCCACUUCUGUCGCAGUGGGAAACAUUUGUCUUUAUUUUUGCAUAACCAACGCCACCGCC